UGAACAUGGGGCCUCACAGAUGGACAGAAAGCAGGGCCGCCGUUACCCCUGACCUCAAUUUCCCUCCACCUUCCCAGAGAAAGAGACAGCAGCAUGGACCAGGUGAGCCAGAAUGAUUGACAGCUGCGGCUCGUCCUGAACACAGAAUGCCUGUGGUGCCAGUGGGCGGGGCUUCCUCCACCUCCCACCAUGUGGUACCGGUUGCCCUGACCUGCUCCUGGCUGCUCCUGGUCUUCCACGCCGCCUUCGGCCAGAAACCUGCCAGGCUGCCCCUGAUCAGCCGGAAGCCCUUCAUUGCAGCCUGGAAUGCUCCGCUGGAUAUGUGCUCCAUCAAGUACAAUGUCACUACCAACCUGGAUCGCGUCUUCCACAUCCACGGGAGUCCACGUGCCGACUGGACAGGCCAGAACGUCACCAUCUUCUACGCCAACCGGCUGGGAUACUACCCGCACUACACCCCGCAGGGAGGCGCCAUGCACGGCGGCCUGCCCCAGAACUGCAGCCUGGACUCGCACCUGCACAAAGCCUUCCAGGACAUCAACCACUUCAUCCCGGCCGAGGAUUUCCGGGGCCUUGCUGUCAUUGACUGGGAAUUCUGGCGGCCUCAGUGGAGCCGCAACUGGCACAAAAAGGACAUUUACCGGCGGAAAUCCAGGGAGCUGACAAGCAAGGCAUACAUUAACGUCACGUCAGCCCAGGUGGAGGAGCUGGCGCGGAGGCGCUUCGAGAAAAGCGCCAGGGCAUUCAUGCAGAGGACGAUUCAGCUAGGGACGCGUCUUCGCCCCAACGCCCUCUGGGGAUUCUACCUCUAUCCCGACUGCCAUAACUACAAUCUGCACGAGCAAAACUACACAGGCUUCUGCCCCCUGCUGGAAAGGAUGAGGAAUGACGAGCUGCUGUGGCUCUGGAACAGCAGCACGGCGCUCUUCCCCUCGGUGGCCAUCAGGAAGAGUCACACCAACAGUAUCAGCAACCUGCACUUCUCCCAGCACAGGAUCCGAGAGGCGCUCCGAGUCGCCUCCCUCACCUCCAGGGAGUACCAGCUCCCCACGUACGUGUAUCUGAGGCUGGGCUACCGAGACGAGGCCAUGGCCUUUCUCACCAAUAAAGACUUGAUCCACACCAUUGGGGAGAGCGCCGCUCUGGGAGCUGCUGGGUUCGUCAUCUGGGGGGAUCUGAACCUGACCUCAUCCAGGUUUAACUGCACCAAGGUCAAGUCCUUCCUGACCCGCCGCUUGGGACAGUACAUCACCAACGUGACGCGGGCGGCCGAGGUCUGCAGCGACGUCCUGUGCCAGGGGAACGGCCGCUGCGUCCGCAGGAACCCCCGGGCAAGGCACUACCUGCACCUGAGCUCCGACAGUUACCACAUCCGGCCCACCGGGGAGGGGGGGUUCGCCGUCAGCGGCUGGCACUCGCAGCACGAGCUGCAGCUGCUGAGGAGGCGCUUCCACUGCCACUGCUACGAGGGCCACGAGGGGGACGGCUGCCGCAGCAUCAACAUCCUGAGGGAGGACGGGGGGCCGUGGGGGGGCGACCUGGAGGACGAGCAGGAGAGGAGGCGGGUGGAGUGGGAGGACGAGCAAGGUGACUGGUGGGAGGGGGGACAGAACGCCGGGACCACCUGCAUCCUCCGGCUGAAACUUCUCCUCUUCAACUUAGUGUUACUGAAGGUGGUUUGA